GGCAUUCGGCUUCAACCCUCCCCCGAUUGUCACUCCUGAGUGAACAUGCAGGUUGCGCGCACGCCGAAUCACAUCUCCCAGUCCUUCCCCGCCGCUUCCCCCUCGUCGCAUUCCUCCUCUCAGCCGCCGCAAAUGUACGCAAACUCGCCGCACCAGAUGAUGCAGGCCCCUGCCAUCAACCGCACUUUUGACAAUGUCGCCUCCUUCGCCCCGCCUCCGAUGGAAAAACCUCAGAUAUACACUGCCGUAUAUUCGGGAGUCUCCAUUUACGAAAUGGAAGUGAACCGCAUCGCCGUCAUGCGCCGCCGCUCCGAUGGCUGGCUCAACGCUACCCAGAUCCUAAAGGUUGCUGGUGUCGACAAGGGAAAGCGCACAAAGGUCCUGGAGAAGGAAAUUCUGACGGGUGAGCACGAGAAGGUGCAGGGCGGGUACGGCAAGUAUCAGGGCACCUGGAUCAAUUACCGCCGAGGCCGCGAAUUCUGUCGCCAGUAUGGCGUUGAGGAUAUCCUGCGACCGCUGCUCGACUACGACAUGAACACGGAUGGGAACGCCGGCCACGGCAUCGAGACCCCUACCAAGGAACAGGCCAUGGCCGCCAACCGCAAGCGCUUCUACACCCAGAGCAUGGACGGCCGCAACGGCGUCGGCACCUUCUUCUCCAACAUUUCUUCGACUGCCACCAGCGCCCUGCAGGCCAUGAACAAGGUCGCCCGUCUCAAUUCCCCUGUUCCUCGUCCUGCCAGCUCGUCGCAGGGCCGCCGCUCCAUAGGUCGUCCCUCGCAAGCGCCAAUUGGCAGCCAGGACUCAUUACGCGCUAGUAGCCAGCAGAGCGUGCCUAGUCUAGCUUCCGAGAAGAGUUUCGGCGCCGUAAACAACGGCCAAGCCGACUCUGCCUACGGAACCGGCGCCGACGAUAUCCAGGAACCACCACGCAAACGCAUGCGCCCUUCCCAAGAAGAAUCCUUCGCACGUCCUAACGGCGCUGAGCUCGCCAUGAUGGCCGAUCCGGGCUCACCCACCGAACCGAGUGAUUCUUUCUAUACGGCUGGUCACCGCCUCGCCACGCUUGACGGCGACAUUUCUACUGCCCAAGCCCCUCUCCCGCAUCCGAACGACAAAGUUUCUGAAGAGAAGCAAGCUCUUUUGACCGAUCUUUUCGCGGACCAAACGCGCACAGACUUCACUAAUCACCCAGCUAUCCUCCAUCUUUCCGGCUCGGAUCUGGACAUGCCCAUAGAUAAUGUCUCCAACACGGCUCUACAUUGGGCAGCAACUCUUGCACGUGUGUCACUCAUGCGCCUGCUGGUCUCAAAAGGCGCCAACAUGUUUCGAGGAAAUGCCGCCGGGCAAACUCCGUUAAUGAGCGCCGUUUCGGUGAACAACAGUAUGGACCACUGCUGUUUUCCCGAGACGUUGGAAAUCUUGGCCCCUCUCAUCGAACUUCGCGAUGCUCAAGGUCGCACCAUCCUCCACCACAUCGCAGUCACGUGCGCUAUAAAAGGCCGCGCCGCGUCCAGUAAAUAUUACCUGGAAGCUCUGCUGGAGUACCUGGUGCGGAGCAAUAUCAAUCACAACCAGGCGAACUUGUACGACACAAAUGGCAACAAUCCCAAACCCAUCGGCCUCAUGCGCUUCAUGCAAGAGAUGGUAAACGCACGUGAUAAGGCGGGUAAUACCGCUCUGAAUCUCGCGGCCAGAAUCGGAAACCGCAACAUUAUAUCGCAGCUGGUGGAAGUUCAAGCCGAUCCCUCCAUACCUAAUCACAAAGGCACACGGCCGCUCGACUUUGGGGUGGGUAGUGAUGCCGAUGCCGAUACGCCCGUUGUAGCCAACAGCCCCAGCAAAGGCAAGGCGCCGUUGAGCAAGGUCGAGGAAACGAGUCGAGAAAUACAGCCAUUGAUGAGCGGCAUCCUACAAAGCGCAAGCUUGCAGUUUACGCAAGAGGCCCGUCUAAAACAAGACACCAUUGACCGCACAAACGAAAGUAUCGCGCAGCUGUCUGCUCUCCAAAAGACCGAACAACAUAAACUCGAAACCCUCCGCGCCCGCCUGCGCGCCCGGCAAGAUCGUGCCAAACGCAUCCAAAACCUCCGCCGCUGGCUUGACCUCCAACGCCAGAACCUCGCUGUCAGCACCGGCACCGCAGACGCCGAUCUGCACGAGAAGCGGCAGAUCGGCCACGCAGACCACGAAGGCGCAAACAUUGUUCUCUCUCCCUCCGACCUCCCGUCCGAGCUCGUCGAAUCUGCCGUGAACUUCCCACAUAGAUCCUCAGACGGUCCCGAGUACCUCUCCACACCUCUCCCCAUGCUCGUCGACCCGAGCCUUCUUACCCAACAACACGCGGCCUCGAUCGCUAACCUGCCAUCUACGGCGGUACUAGGGCACCGUCUAGAAGUGUAUGUGCAGAAUAAUCAAAUGCUCGCAGACCGCAGCCGGAAGCUCAAAGAUAAAGAUGGCCAGCUCGAAGUCAUGUACCGAAAAGUAGUGUCGUUGUGCACAAAAGUCGACGAGCACCGUAUCGAUGGCGUGCUGGAAGGGUUGGUGCAGGCCUUGGACAGCGAUCCGUUGGAUGGUGUCGAGGUUGGACGGGUUCGAGAGUUUUUGCGCAAAGUUGAAGGGGUGGAGGGGCAGUGAUAUGAUGAUGAUUAUGAAGCUCUGUUUUUCUCCUUCUUCUUCUUCCUCUUCAUCUUUUUUGAAGGCGUUACGAGCUGGUUAGGGGCGACCUUUGUGUGGAUAGCUAGCUUGGUACUACUCUUCAGACCCCCAUUAUGUCAAUUCAACAAACUGAUUGGUUCAUUCGCCUUGAACUUUUUAUUUUCUUGUAUAAAAAGUCGAUGAUGUUUUUUCGUCUCCUUUUUUGCACUUGACUCUAUUUAUUUUUAUAGAUCCUGUUCUACAACGUCCUUCCUCUCCCUCUCUUUUGUGAAAUUUGUAUUUAGCUAGGUAGUACUUAGCGAUUAAUAUCUUUCCUUCAUC